GCUUAUAAGUGUUUUAAACAGGUUUAAGGUGGUGUCAUAACAAACAUAACCAAAAUAAUAAUAUUGCAAAUAUUUAAUGAAUAACAUUUAAAAGUCUUUGUUUCAGUGAUUUGAGUUUAAUGUUUAUAACUUUUCCCUCCCCUAAAAACGUACAUCAAAAACGUCAUUUUGUAGUGAUUCCUGCUCAUCGUUUGUGAUGCUGUGUACCUGUGUGUCAUCAAUGGCUUGUGUGAAUAGUUACCGGUGGAUUGUGCAACGUUACUAAAUGUCGUUUUGGCUUCUGCUUGCUUUUGUUCCUCCCAAAUUGGUAAUAUGCAGUUAACUUGGUAAAAUAAAGGCCUAGUAAACAAUGGGUGACAUCAAACAUAAAGUGUUAGAAUUCAUAAACAAAAGGGGACAAAAUUUAGGACUGCAAUCAGCUGCCAGUGCUGUGGGAGAAAAGGCUGGCUCUAAACAUUCAGAAAUUUGUGUUCCUAUUGGUCGUGAUAAUGAUGCUGAAGCAGUUAGAAAGAUGCAGUUGGAACCGUUGGCUGACCAGGAUGUGUUAGAAAGUAUUGAAGAAAUUUAUUUCAGUAUUUCAAAUUUUGAUCCAGUCGAGUAUGAACUGAAGAAAUUACCAGAAGUUUUGGAUUGUUCUUUGAUUGAAAAUCAAAGGAAGGUAUUACAGCAGCAACUUGAAGUUGUUUCCAAUAAAGUCCUACAACUUAUUCUUCAGAAACAAGUUGUGUGUAAUGAAGAAUUUGAAAGGGUUUUGGAGAUUCAAAAAGAAUUACAAACAACGCUGAGAGUGUGUCGUGAAGGUAGAAGUUACUUAAACUCUGCAGUUCGUCAGUUUACCACAGCAAGCUUAGGCAUCUUGGCCAACUACCAUAAAAGACAACAGGUUCAAAACUUGUUACAUUCAUUCAAUACUAUUAAAACAUUGCACCAGACGGAGGAGCGGCUGCAGGAACUGCUGCGCGAGGGCAACUGCCCGGGCGCCAUCAGCCUGCUGCUGGAGUGCCAGAGCGCGGCGGCCACCUACCGCCAGUUCACGUGCGUGGCGGCGCUCAGCGGCAAGCUGCAGGACACGCUCGUCAUGGCGGAGGAGCAGCUGGACCAGGCCUUGGCGCAGCUGUGCAGUCACUUCCGUGCUGACCACUACAGCAAAGUGCAGGCAGCGUACAGGCUGCUUGGGAAAACACAAAUGGCCAUGGAUCAGCUGCACAUGCACUUUGCCUCUGCCAUCCACAACUCUGCGUUCAACGUGGUGCACGGAUAUGUGGAGCUGUGCUUCGUGCAAUCAUCAGGCGAGUCCCAGAUGGUGUUGAACAAGAAGCAGUUUCGGGAGUUAUGCAAGUACAUCACACCAGAAAGUUUUAUCCCCUGCCUUAUUGAUUUGUGCAAAGCAUUGUGGAAAAUCAUGCAAAGUUAUCAUCAAGUUAUUAAUUGGCAUCAGGUGAAUGAUUCAGCAAAGCUGUCUGCAGAUGGAGUUACUGAACCGGUUGAUUUUGAAGCUAGUUUUAACAAAGAAUAUGUGAAACAGAAACUGGAGAAUGGCUUGGCUCGCAUUUGGCAGGAUGUCCAAGCUAGAAUUUCUGUGUACUUACUGGGUUCGGGCCGUGCAUGGUAUAAAUUUGAAGAGUUUCUGCAAGUUCUUCGAGUGGUUCAUAGGCUGAUAGAAGUAGGUGAGGAGUUUUGUGGAAGCAAAUCAGAAGAUCUUCAGAAUUCAAUUCGCACUCAAAGCAUUAAUUAUUUCAGGAACUACCACAAAGGUAGACUAGAUGAGGUGCGAAUAUUUCUUGAGAAUGAAGGCUGGGAAAUUUGUCCAGUAAAACCAAGUUUUUCAAUCUUACAAAUACAGGAAUUCCGGUCGCUGCGGCACAUCCUGAAGGGCUGGAAGCCGCAUGAGCAGCCCACUGUGCAGCGCAGUUGCAUCAGCAGCCCAGACUGCAGCAGCAGCAAUCAUUCCCAUGACGGCAGCUCCGUUGCUGGCGGCUACUUCGCCAAGUACUCCGACGACGCCACUCCAUUCGAUAUCGGCUGCGAUGACAGUCAAGAAGAAGAUAUUUUAGCCAACCUUGGUGAUGAACCAUCAGGAUAUUUUAGUGAUGAAAGUGAUGAGGACAUCCCUGAAGAGUUGAAAAAGGACUUUGUUGAUGAAAAUGCGAGUGAUGCAGUUAUAAGCAAGGGCCAAAAGUGCACUUCUAAAAGGACAGUUAACCAGGAGAUGAUGAAAGCACCUAUUUUAACUAACACUGCCUUAAUAAUUCUGCGCCAGUGUGGCAAAUACCUGCAAAUGAGUCAUCUGCUUCGAACAAUUGCAAAUGAAGUGAUCACCUGCAUGAGCCAGCUUUUCGAUUACUACUUUUAUGUGGUUCAUUUAUUUUUUGCUAAUGAUCUUACGGUUUCAUUCAGCACAACUUAUAGUUUGAAACUUCAAACCACUUUGAAAAGGAUUCAUGACAAUUUAAUUGUCUCGGAAAAUGACAAAGCUGUGGAGCAUUCUGACCUAGACAGCAGAAAAAUCUUCCCACCUCGCGUGUCUAUUGGUGUUGACUUGACUCAGCCAGAAACGCUGUAUGGGUUACCAAAACGAGUGGUCGCAGUGGAAUCACUCAUUUUCUUGGCGAAACAAUUUGAAUUCCUUCACAGCUACUUGGAGCACUUGGUGCCUCAAGGCAGUGCUGUGAACACACCGUCGCUGCAUCAUUUUAACAUGCAGAUAGUCCAAGUCACAAUGGAUGUUCGCCAGCCAGUGUAUAUGUGCGUAGCAGGAAGGGCUGUCGAUUUCAAUCAGAUAAUCAUCCAAAUGUCGAAAGUCAACUGGGAAGUGAAAGAUGUCAGGAGUGAACAUAGUCAAUAUGUGGACAACCUCCUCAGGGAGCUACAGAUUUUUAGCAUGCGGCUGGAUGACAUCGGCCGUCGGAUCCCUUUGUCUCAAGAAGUGUUGAACACACUUUGGGAGAGCGUCGCCUACCUGUGUUGCAAUAUGUUUGUUGAAGGGUUUUCGAAUGCAAAGAAGUGUUCAAAUGGAGGCAGGGCACUCAUGCAACUGGACUUUACUCAGUUCCUGUCAAAGUUUGAGAAGUUAACUUCAAUCAAGCCGGUGCCGAACAGAGAGUUAGUGGAGCUGUAUGUGAAAGCUUACUACCAGCACGAAGCAGAGCUAGAGGCGUGGAUAAAGGAACAUUGUGAGUACUCGAUGAAACAGCUGAUGGCGUUAGUGAACUGUGCCUGUCAGAACAAUAAGAAAGCACGUCAGCGCCUCACUUCGCUGCUGGAAGAAAUGGGCAGAUGAAGCAAACAUCAGCAGCCAAUGACUGCCCUCAUCAGUCCAUCCACCUAUGUAAAGAAUUAACUUAUUUCAGCUACAGAUAUUCUCGUAUUAUUAUCAAUAUUUUUAUAUAAUGUAGAUUUUAAUUGUUGAUGCAUGUAUAAAAUGUGGCCUUUUGCAGUGCAUCUGCUGUGAUAGGCUCAUAAUUUCAAGACUAGCCUUGCUGUGGCAUGUAAAAAGGAGUCCAAGUAGGCCAUUUAUCAUUCCCUUUUUGGAAUUCAAGCAGCAUUUGCGCUUGAACUCUUUUGUUGUUUAAGUUUUAUCUGCUGUGUUAGUUACCAAAUACUUGUUAAGACAUUGUCUUAUGUUGUGAUUUUUUUUAACCUAGUUCCUAAAAGUUGUUAUGUUAAGCUAAUAUUGCUAGCAAUUGAUGGUGCCUGUAAUAUUUUGCCAUAGAAAUAUGUUAUAAAAAAAAGAGCAUUGUACAUUUUAGCUUGAUGUACAUGCUAAUAUUUACCAUGCUCUCUCCUCUCUGUACCAGGCUGUAUUGUAGUGCAUACACCCAGGUACUUUGUGAAGUCUUUAAUUAAUAUGUGUUAUUUACAGUGCUUUCUAUUUAUUCCCUAAGUAACAGGCUCUAUACAAUGUAAAUGUGAAACAAAUUCACAAAGAGUGUAAGAUAAUUUUUUUAAUUUUGUUCAAUAAUUCUGAUUAUUACUUAAUUCACUUUCACAUAUUAAAUUUAUGUUGCCUUUUCACACAGUCAAAUUUAGUAUUUAACUAAUUUUAUAGAUUUCAAAUGCAAUAUUUUGCUGUGUUAUGUCGAAAAUAUAUUUGUUAAUUGUUUUAAAUUAAGUCAGUAAUGUUUGUAUAGUACCAUUCACAUUGAAAUAUUUUUCUUAAUAAUCAAGCAAAAAUUAAUUCUGACAUUUGUGUUUAUGUUGGUAUUAUACAAAACAAAGCACCAAAAUAACAAUAAAAAAACAGUUGGGAGUGUUUCAUAAACUAUUUGUCUUUGGUAUUUAAGCCUCUAAAAUUUAUUGUGUAUUUAUGUAUCCCAAAAAAUUUGUUAAAACCUCCAAACUUUUUUUUUCUUCUUUAUGAAUAUAUUCUUUUUAAUAGUAUUACCAUUUUGUAUUCUAUUCUGAAGCAUACGACAUAUCGUCGCUUUGCAAACAAUACCGCUUUACUGAAAUGUUUGUUAGAUGGUGUUGUUAGCUAUGCAACAAUAUGCUAGUCACAAUCAAAUCUUUGUUCAAAAUUUUGUCAACUCUUAUUCAUGUCCUGGAAGCAUCUGAUGUGUCUAUGCUUUUUUAAGUACAUCAUUCACCAGCGAAAAAAUUUGUAUUGAAUAGCCAUCUUUUCUUCCUUGUACUUUAAUUUUAUCAUGGUAUUUGUAAAAUGUUUUUUACACAUAUCAUCAUCACUAGCUAUUAUGAUGGUAGCAUGUCCUUUUACUUAGAACAUUCAGAAAGCAACUGUUGUUCUGCAUACGAUUGAAAUUACAUAAUUUUAUACUCUUUGUGAUAUGUUGUUAUACAAGUGUGUAAAAUGGCCAAUGUUGGUGGUAUUUGUUAUGAGAUAGAGCAUUAGAAUUAUUUAUUUUACUCCAAAUGUGUGACAGCUAGGCCUGUGUGAAUUUACGAAUACAAAUACAAAUAAUUUACUAUUUGUAUUAGAUUCUACCUCAAAUACUUUUACUAGAAAAUAACGAAUAUUCGUUUGCUUACGUAUAUUUGACAUAGCAUACCUCGUGAGUUUGUCGUAUACCAACAUUCACUGUUGAGGUUAAGUAAUUUGUGCAAUAUAAAUACCCUUUUUGAUGUUUAAUGGGAUUUCAUAAUAAAAAAUAUGAACAAUAAGAUACGUUUUAAACAUGCAACAAGUAUGCAAAAAAAAUUUUCAGUACUGUCUCGCCAAACAGUAAUGGAAAAAUGACGUGUAUGAUUCAAAACGUGGCAUGUGUCACCGCAAACUUGAAAACAAAAUAUUAUUUGUAUUCAUUUUGUCACGCACCAGAAGUGGGAAAAAUAAAUAAACGUCAACAACCAUGUGCUACAACUGCACAAAAUACAGACACUCCAUUGUGAUGGCUAUUAAAAAAAAUUAAAGCUAUACUUUCGACGGCAUAUAAAUCAAGUCACAGUCCAUCUAAUACCAUGCGGCACAGUAACAGCUUACUUGCUUUAUGAUUCUAUGACGAAACAGACUUUGUGACUCAAUAUAUGUAUUAAAAAAUAUAUAAAUAACGGUUUAGGAUUCCAGAUCAAAUUAGCAGAGAUUUUGUUUAUAAUAUUGCUGAACUAAAAUACAGUUUACCUAGCUGCCACUAACAAAGAAAAUGCAUGAGUAACUAGGGUUUAAAUACGUAAAUAUGAGCUUAUUUAAUUAAUAAUUUGGAAAUACAGCAUUUUAAAAAAAAGAAUCACAUUUUUCAUGAAAUGGAUCUCACUGUAUUUUUUAGUUCACGAAAAUUUUUGGAUCAAUAUGUAGAGUAGCAAGUUCUGAAAAAUAAGGUGAACAAGAACUGAAAUGAAAGGUCGGUUGGUUGGUUAGGUUAGGGUAGGUUAGGUUAAGUUAGAUUAGCUGCAUAAUUAAAAACAACUUUUUAUUUCAAAAUUUAAAUAUUUUAACAAACAUUUUACAUAUACAGUAAACUCUCGAUUAUCCGGGUCUGGAUUAUCCGGUUUUCGGGUUAUCCGUGCUUGAUUUUUUUAUGAAGUUGUAAAAAAAUGACGGGGUGUAGCUACGCCAUGACUGCGCUGCGCUUUUUUUUUUUUUUUUUUUUUUUUUUUUUACUGCUGUGUCAGAAAGCUAUUUACCUGACCCUUCAGACCCUCGUUCCCGCCACCUUCACCCGUCAAUUUGUCACACUUUAAACCAAAAAGGAACGCCUUGACUGCUGCUUCCGCCUUGACUGCUGCUUCCGGCUCAACUCCCCCCCCUCCCCUUUUUUUUUUUCAUUUUCUUUUCAAGUGUUCUUUUCACAGCGCCCCGCGCUAAAAAAAAAGGUCCCUCUACCUCUAUUACCUUCCACACUCCUGACGGCUGGAAGAGGCAUUUUUCACUCAGUUAUUUAGAUCAGUUCUUCCAGGCACAUUUGUUUUUGUAAUCAUGUCUGGUAAAAGGAAACGUAAAGUGCUGACAAUAGCAGAGAAGUUAGAAGUUGUGGACAGGUUAAAAAAAAGGAGAAACUGCCGCAAAAUUAGCACAGGAAUAUGAAAUUGGAAUCCAAACUGUGCGAGACAUUAAUAAAGCAGCCAGUAACACAAUGGGAAGGGGAGGGCUUCUUGAAACCGCCGAGAGAGAGAGACAGAGAGAGAAAGGGAGCAUGUUGUACGCCACCAGACACCCCUUCCUCCCCCCACACCACCACCCAACAACAGCCUUCAUUCUUUCUCGACAGCUAGCUGCGAUUCAUGGUCCACAGCCCCAGCGCCAGCAUAGCCACGGCCCUCUCUCGCUUUGCAGCCUUUAUUUACUGCGUGAACCUUUUUUCCUUCCAACUAACGGUAUUUAUCCUUGUUUGAAGAUGCCAUUUAAAUCACUCUUUCUUACAAAAGAGCCAACAAGGAAGCACUCGUAAUAACCAAUUAGUUUAGGAUUACUAUUUACGUAGUCAAACUGGCGGUGCAUUUCAAAACUCUCGUAACUUCGAAGGUCUCGUAGUAUCCCAUACUCGUAGUUAUGACUGUAAAGUGCAUCCUAAUUUUAAUAGGCGGAAUUAACAAGAAACAAUAUCUUGCCGCGCAAAGUAGAAAAAUAAAAUGCAAUAGCUGGAAGGGGGAAAAAAAGGUGUAUAAUAUUGUGCUGUGGUUCAGACACUUAUUUUGUAGUGACCCCGGAUAAUAGGUCGUUAAAAGGGUGGAGGGAGAUGCUGAGUUGAGACUGCCGCCGCUCUCCCUCCCGUAGCAAUAAAGGGGACAGGAGAAGGAUGGCGGCAACACAGUGCCAGUAUUGUUUACGGUCCAAUAAGCUGGGACACGGUAUACAAAGCCUUUGCUUGUACUCAUAGAAUUCUACUGAAGAGACACUCUUUUGCCAGUAAAUACACCAUUUUUAAGUGGUGAAACGGAUUAUCCGGGUUUUUUUAUGGCAUUCAAUUAUCCGGGCAUCGGAAGGUCCCAAUUAACACGGAUAAUCGAGAGUUUACUGUAAUUAUUGUAGCUGACUUAACCUAACUACCAACCUUUUGCUUUAGUAUUUUUUGUCUAAUUUCCCAGAAGGCCACUACACUACAUACACAUUUACUUCUUCUUUCCUAAUUAUUUUUGUUACAUGAGAGAAAAAAAAACAUUUUUUUAGUGGGAUUCUAAUUUUCAUUCUUACUAUUCAAAUUAUGUAUUCAUAGUCGAAAAAAAUUUGAUAUUCAUAUUCAAUUCAAACUAAAAAAAACUGCUGAUAUUCACAUAGGCCUAGUUACAGCAUCAUUAUUUGUUCCAUAUUCUCCAGGUUAAAGCUAAAUUUUUGGUUAACCAAGAAUGGGAAUAUUCCUCUUACUGUUUUGUGUUCUAAUUAAAUUUGGUGAGUAACUAGAUGGUGGGAAAUCACUGUCGUGGUUCUUAGCACCCUUAUUGGCUUGUUGUAAAGCAAGCUGAUAAGCAGCAGUUGGACAACUAAAUGGUGUUGGCAGUCUAUUGCGUCACACUGUGACAGAUGCAGAACAUCACUGUCAUAAGUGUUGUGACUGGUGAUAGAACAUCUAGGUUAAGUAGUAAAGCCUCUGUAUGGUAAAAUUUAGAGACUUACGUUUUAUUUGUGUACCAUACAGAGUUAUUUACAGAGAAGUGCAAUUAAACGUGGCAUAAUUAUACAUAGUAUAUUUUACAUUCCGUACUAUUCACAUAGUGUAGAAUUUAGUCUAUAUGCCUCUGAAACUACUGUAAAUUUUCCUUUUAUGUAUUUUAAGCAAAAAGUUACUGUAAUCUAAUGCAUUGUACACAUUUUUAAGCAAGUAAUUGUUCAUUAAAUGUUUCUGUGUUUCCUUUUGCUUUGACAAUAUUAAAAAUAAGUUAAAGUUUUUAAAAUAUUAUUUCCAAACUUGGACAAACUUUUAAGAAAUAUCAAAUAUUGAAGGUAACUUGCACAAAAUUAGUUUUAAAGAUUUUUUUUUUUUUCAAUCGGAAAGAAACAAUUUAUUAUAGAGAGGUGAAAAUGACUAUUGAUACAGUAUUUUCCAGAAUAAAGGUUGGUCUUGAUUCUAAGCUAUUUUUUUGAUUUUAUGGAAAAAAAAAAUCAUGUUAUUUAACAACUUCAACAUUAAAAUAACUUUGAUCAUAAAUAUCACCCUCCUAGUAUAUUUGUUUCCCCUACUCUUUUUGUAUCUCCGAGUUUGAUGUCCUGGACAGUGGAUAACCCUAUAACAAAAUUUGAUAAAAAAUCUGUAGAAAUUUUUACUUGUUGCAAACAAGUGACAUGAAAUUCCUUCCUUUUAUUAAUUACAUUUGGUGUUUUCUUUGCUCAUAAAAGUUUUGAGCACUCAGCAUAUUGCAUUCUUUAGCUUGACAUGUAUUUACCAUUGUUACUGUGAAACAUUGUUAAUACAACCCUGUUUACAUAAGACACUCAUUUAUACAGUGUUUUCACAGUUCCAUUAGAUUUAUUAGACAGAACACAAGGAUGCAGUAAAACCCUAGUAAGAUAUUUUCAAGGGCUAAGCUAGUAAUAGGUUGUAACUGAGGGAAAAAACUUUUCCUGGGAAAAGGAAACAUCCUUUUUAUUUUUUGUAAUAACAUGGAACUAUACACAAAUCUUUACUAAUGCAAGUAAGUGUAUUAUGAUGAAAAUUGGGUCAUAUUUAAAUUAAAAGUUAAUUUUUUUUAUGAAAAGUUAUACUAUAUAAUAAAAUAUAAUAUAGUGUUUAUCAAAUUUAUCCAGAAUCAGCAGGUUACAUCAGAAGUAAGUGUUUUUGCUUCUCCAAUUCCAUAGUUACAUGUAGUAUUGUGGUUGGAAUCAACUUUUUUAUGAUGUUAAAGUUUUUAUGGUAGAAAACACCUUUUAGUUAUAUCCCAGUUUAUUUUGGGCCAUAAUAAUGGUAAGAAUGGUAAAGAAAACAAACAGAAUGUAUAUUCGAUUAUGCCAUGCAUGGUCUCGCUCUUUCAGCACAGGAUCAACCAACCAAAGGUACUGCUGAUAGUGUUGUACACACUACACCAUGUGUGUCAUUUUAUCUCAUACUCUGGCAUCACUUUAAGGAUGGCAGUUAUAACUAUUGUAAAUAUAUUUAAAAAUACAAUAAUUAAAACUUAUUUUUCAAAUUAAAUAUUUCAAUUCAAAAAUUAUUAAUUUAUUUAUGGGAUAUGCUUGACAGAAACUGCAUCAGAUGGAGAAAACAGCAUGAAUGAAACAUUAAAAUAUUUUAUUCAUAACAUAUUGCAUGGGAAUGUCUUAAUUGAAUUUUACUCUAUUGCUAGGGUGUCAAUAUUCUAAAAAGUCAGGGAAAUUACAAUUGGUCAGGGAAAAUCAGUUAUUUUAUUUGAGAUCCUGGAAAAGUACAUGGGAAUUUCCUGGUUAUAAUAAUUUGAGAGUAAAUGUUAUGCCCCAAUCUGUCACCAUCAAGAUUGUAAAAUAAUUAUUUUCUAGGUGGUAUAAAAUGAUGUAGGCAAAGUUAAAUUUUAAAUAAAAUGGAGAGAGAAAUGGGUCAGCUAUGGGUAUGGAGGAGUCUGGAUUUUCUUUAUUUCUUUCAGAAAAUUGUGACCUAGGUAAAUUAUUUUAAAAUAUUAGUCAGGCAAAUUUGUGUCGACACCCUGAUUGCUAAUAGUUUUCUUUAUUUCUGUUGUGUACAUUUGCAUAAUAAGUAGAGGUUCCUAUUUAAUAUCUUUGAAUGAAGUGCCAACAAAGAGAAAACAUGUUCAAAUAGAUGCUGCAAUACUGCAGUUUUUUUAGUACAACACGUGUUGACUAAAGUGCCAAAAUAAAGGUCCGUCCAGGUUUUUAUUUUUUAAUUAUUUUACUGCACCACUACAAUCUUCAUUAAAAAAAAUAUUUGUAAUUUAUUUUCCACAAUUACUAUUUUUAACACUGUGUAAACAAACACAACCAUGAUAGAGAACAUAAACAUAUGACCACAAAAAAAAGUACACCAUUUUUAGCUGCUCAAGUGCUCUGCUUCAUGUUGUUUUUGGGGAACUAAGGACAAUACUUUUUUUUAUGUACUUCAUACUACUUGUUUAUUUAUUUGCAUAGCUGUAUGACAUCUUACAUGGCAAUGUUUUGUUAAAACAAGUUAGGCCCGUUUUACAAUGGCACAUAAACAGAGACGGAUCACGUAAAUGGAGAUGGAUCUCCCGGAACAUUUCACUACCGCAUCUGCUGCUUCCACAAUGCACGAAAACGUAACAAAUGGCAAUCAAUUAGAUAUCAUUUUAAGAUUAUGAAAUAUUUAAUUUUCAAAAGAGUAUUAUGCUCCGAAAUCAUAGCACAAGUAGAAUUUACAUAAAUAAUAAAAAUACUUGAAACAAUUUUUAACGUAUUGACGACGUCCGGGCCUGCGGCCCCCUUUGAGCCCGAUAUGCCACCGCCCAAACGCCACCGUCUGUUCAAACCUCCCACUCGUGUGUGCGUGUGUUGCUAGCCCGGCAAGAGGGCACUUAGCUGCAGUGCGCCGCACCCCUAAUAUAUAUUAAUAAAUAUUGUAAACCUUUUAUUUUCGCCCCUAAAUAGUGUCACGACGGCUAUGUAUGUGUCUUUUAUUUAACUAAUUCAUGAUGUUUUGUUAUUUAAUAAGUGCAGGCACGAACAAGGACGCUCCCUAGCGGGCGACGGAGGAACUAGCAUGCAACUUCAUUUAAACCAUUUUUAUUCAUAUAAGUAAUUAUUACAGACGGUCUGGGCAUGGAUGUAAUGUACUAAUUUUUGUAAGGAUUUAUGUAUUUUUCAAUAGUAACCCGGGGCACGCCACAGCUAAGUUGUAACGGUAAUUGUUUUCGGCGCGAAGGGCGCCAUGUUGCCUCCCUCAAGCCAUGAGCUCAUCCCAGUCUCCUUCUACAGCCGGCCGAGAGCGGACGUCUCUGCAGACACCCCGAGGACAUCACCGUUGUUUCACCGAGUAGUAGUUCUGUAAAUUAAUUCAUCCAAAUUGUUUUCUUUUCAUCCUCGGGGCCUCUCUCGGUCGGAGAGACUGCAUAAUUAAUAAUUAUUUACUCUCCGGAGUUUUCUCUCAUCUGUGUAGUAAGUAACGGCUUGAGGCGGCCACGUGCGUGGUCCGCCUCCUCACCUAAUCUGAUUCGUGCCUCGGGCGUUUAUAGCUGUAUCAACGGAGGAUCGUGUAAGGACGUGUACCGUGAGUAAAUAAAAAACCAAUUAACUGAGUCAUGUGUUUUGUGUUCGGGGGGCCACGUGGGUCCCUAACCUGGUCAGUGGCGUGUGGGACGCCCUAAGAGUCCACUGCGAUAAUUAGGAGCGUGCCCGAAGCUGAGAGCGGGCCUAGUUAGGGACAGGUGCUGCGUAAAAAAUCAGGAGGGCUAAUAUCUCGCCGCACACGGGCCACGUAACGCCCUGAGUUAGAAUCUUCCAACCGGGUCCACGUGCCCACUCACGUGGUGGCACCCAUUAAUUUCCACCGAUAUUCCCACCUUAACACCGGUACGCCCUCAGUAUUUAGAACUUAAACAAACAUGACUACCACCGCAGCCAAGCACUCAGCUUCUAUUGGUCGCAUGGAGCAAUGUAAACGGAAGAGCUCAGUCUUGCCAAAAUAAUCCGUAUGAGUCCGUCUCCAUCUGACUGUCAUUGUAGAAACUCUUUGUCUCUUGAGAUCCGUCUUUUUUUCCAUGUCAUUGUAAGACGGGCCUAAGCCUUUACUAUUUUAUUAACGAAGGGGUGCGCGAAGCUUCGAAAAGUAGAAGAGUAAUUUACAAAACUUUCCCCCCCCCCCCCCCCCCCCAUGCAUACUAAGAACUUCAGGCAGCCACUGGUGGUGUUCAUGUGACAGCUCGGGCAAUUAUCUUCUUCCACUUAUCUAACAAAAAUAAAGGGUUCACUCACAUCACAAGGAAGCAAGAAAGAAAAAGGUUGCUGCCUUUCACACAAGCACGCAGGCAUUGUAGAGAAAAAAAAUGUGCUAAGCUUUUACUAUACUCUGUUCGAGUGGAGGUGAGAAAUUUUUGGCAGGUGCUGCAACAAACAUUUAGAAUAGCAGCUGGAUUGUUUUAAAAAAAUCAGCAAAAUAAAUAUGGAUCCCCAUUAGCUACUCCGGUAAUAAUUUUCAGGUUUUAAUGUCUUAAUGUUUGCUGAAGCACUGUCAAAAAGAGUCUCACUUUCAGAGUGUAUCUUCUUUUUCCUAUGCGUCACAGCUUAUUGGAACACAAGCAAUAUAGCACUGUGCUGCCAGUGGUCCUACUGUAUUAUUAUGAGAGGGAGCGGGGGUUAGUCACCCACUCCUCUCCACCUGCCUACACCCCUUCUUCCCACAGUAAUACAAGACAAACGAGAUUUGGAGGGGGAAUGGUGAGGGUAGCCAGUUCACGGACCUCUACAACGGUUGAAGAUGGCUGGAGAACUACCAACACAGCUGGAGAUAUGGUCGUAAAAUGCACAGACACAAACCUUGGCUGGUUUAUUGUUAGAUUUUUCCCGGUUUCCUCUCUUCCAGCCGAAUGCCAACGCAGCCAACCAGCCACGCUGGGCCAGGUGGAGGCAGAUGAAACAUAACGGUGCUUCACACACUGUGUUCAGAUAUACCGUAUUUACUCGAGUAUAGCGCGCCCUCGUGUAUAGCGCGCACCACGAUUUUUGCAACAAAUUCCAAAGAAAAAAAAUUGUUUUUCCCGUAAAUAAAUUGUACUAACAUUUUGUGGUACCUGUUAAGUAAUUACGUAUGAAACAAAUGAUAAUUUAAAUUGAUGUGUGGUGAUGCGUCAGGAAAAUACUUAAACUCUGCUGUGUAGACGGAAGAUAAUGAAGCGCUGUAUCGUCACAACUGGUACUUGGACGGGAGGAAGGGAGGGAGGCAGGCAGGAAUGUGACACGGAGGACUAGAUGACUCACCGGUAGCAGCUGCGACAAAGCGAAGGAAGUGGAAGGGGGGGGACUGGUGUCAACAUUCUCUCUCUCUCUCUUUUUUAUUUUACUAGCUGCGUUGGCUUUCUGUAGAGGGGGAGGUCUAAAAAUAAACAAGAGACCUGCGAGCUUGCGCGCGCACGUGUGUGUGUGUGUGUGUGUGAGUGUGUGUGUGUGUGAGAGAGAGAGAGACCAGGUUGUGUGCGUGCGUGUGUGUGCGUGUGUGUGAAAGAGAGGCCUUGUUGCUUGUGCGUAUGUGUGGGGGGCUGGCCAGAAACGUCACCCGUCACCGGCAGUUAACGACUUCCACUGCCCGCCGCAUCUACUCACUUUUUUUUUUCCGUGUAUAGCGCGCAUCCUUAUUUUUUUCCUUUACUUGAGGGGAAAAAAGGGCGCGCUAUACACGAGUAUAUACGGUAUAUACUUACUCUGGAAGUUAUAUUUAUUACCAAUACAAACUAUAUAAAACUUGCAUAAGGAUUACACUAUAUAUUUUUUAACUCAAAAUUGGCAUAAAUAUGCGACCCAUACGCAGAUAAAUAUAGUACUUGCUUUACUCGCCAUUUUCAUUUAUCACCUACGUAAUGAGUUAUGUUUCUUUGACCCAGCAAUAGGAAAAUAUGAUAAUGUCCAGACAACUGUUUCUUCCAACCAGACACAAUGUUAUUUUUUCCUUCUCUCUUAACCAUAUGCCUCAUUUUGAGGAUGAUAGUGUUUGUUCAACAACAUUGCACAGCAAUAUUUUGGUCAUCUUACUAAGGGGUUGCUGCAUGAUAUGUGUUACAAAAAAAGUUAAGAAUCUAGCAGUUAUAUAAAUGUUAAAGUUAUUGAUUGGUUUAAGUGAAAAAAUUGUAAUUAAUUUAAGCUGUACAUAAAUAAAGUGUGAGAGAAACAGCAACAUUCUUUGCACCAAAUUUUAAGACUUUUUGUUUAUUGGUGUUUAUACUAUACAUUUAAGAAAAAAAAAGAAAA